AGCAAACCAAAUCAAACCCCCAUUAGUGGCAAUAAGAUAAAACAGGGAUUAUACUUGUAAAUAAUUUUAUAUUUUUUUUUUUUCACCUUUCAUUUUAUCUUUUUUGUUUUUGUAUAUAGAGUGUUGAUUUAUUUAGAGCAAAAUGUUGAGAUUAGGAAGAUUAGCAGCAGUUUCGUGCAAGAGAACAUCCACAAUCGUUGGUAGACUUUCCAAGGUUACCGUUCCAUCUAGAACAGUUCCUUCAGGAUUUGUUUCUAUUAGAAAGUAUUCUGACUAUGCCCCUAAUGAUGACGAAACUCAAAGACUUAAUAAACUUGUUACUGAGUUAAAAAGUAACCCGAAAAUUUCCGAAGCAUUGGAAGAAUUGCAACAACUUCUUGUGCUGAAGGGAUUUGAUCCAAGCACAAAGCCUUCUAUGAUGAAGAUGAUGCUGAUUCUCAUGGAUAAGGAGAUCAAGGCAUCCAUCACUGCAUUAAAGACACAAUUGGAAGAGGCCAAAAUAAGCUUCUCCAAGGAAGAUGUCGAUACAUUUAUGAAGUUAUUCGGAUUAAACAUGAAAUAAGUUUUAUUUUUAUAGAUAAUGAUAAGCAUAAAUAAAUAUACAAGAUGAGUUUAAAGUUUCAAUUUCUAGGU